CCUGGAGAGAGUCUGUGAGUGGACCUGGAGAGAGUCUGUGAGAGGACCUGGAGAGAGUCUGUGAGAGGACCUGGAGAGAGUCUGUGAGAGGACCUGGAGAGAGUUCAGCAGGAAAGAUGGAGACUCCUAAAAAGAUCCUCUUUAGAACUUUGGAAGAUUUGGGGAAAGAGGAAUUUAAAAAGUUCAAGUGGUACCUAGAGCAGAAGUACCUAGGAUUCCAAGGAAUCCCAAAGAGUCGGCUGGAGGAUGCAGACCGGAUGGACACAGUGGAUCAGAUGUUUCUGAACUACUGCAUCAAUACGUUCAAAGUCACCAUAAUGGUUUUGGGGGAGAUGCAAGAGAAUGAUCUAAAGGAGAAAUUAUCAAAACACCCUUCAGAACCUGCAGAGAUUGUUUCUGAGUGCCAAGAUAAACUCAAAUCAAGCCUGAAGAAAACGUUUGAAUUUAUUUCUGAGAAAAUCACAAAAAAAGGAAAUGUAAAACCCCUGCAUGAAAUUUACACCGAGAUCUACAUCACAGAGGGGGGGUCUGCAGAGGUCAACAAGGAACAUGAGGUCAGACAGAUUGAAACAGAAUCCAGGAAACCACACAGACCAGAAACAACCAUCAGACAAGAAGACCUCUUUAAAGCCUCACCUGGAAGAGAUGCACCAAUCAGAGCAGUGCUGACAAAGGGCGUGGCUGGCAUUGGGAAAACAGUCUUAACACAGAAGUUCACUCUGGACUGGGCUGAAGGCAAAGCCAACCAGGACAUCCAGUUCAUAUUUCCAUUCACCUUCAGAGAGCUGAACGUGGUGAGAGAGAACAAGUACAGCUUGGUGGAACUUGUUCAUCACUUCUUCUCUGAAACCAGAGACGCAGGAAUCUGCAGGUUUGAUCAGUUCCCGGUCGUGUUCAUCUUUGACGGUCUGGAUGAGUGUCGACUUCCUCUGGACUUCCUCAACACUGAGAUCCUGACUGAUGUCACAAAGUCCACCUCAGUGGAUGUGCUGCUGACAAACCUCAUCAGGGGGAAGCUGCUUCCCUCUGCUCGCCUCUGGAUAACCACACGACCUGCAGCAGCCAAUCAGAUCCCUCCUGAGUGUGUGGACAUGGUGACAGAGGUCCGAGGGUUCACUGACCCACAGAAGAAGGAGUACUUCAGGAAGAGAUUCAGAGAUCAGGAGCAGGCCGGCACCAUCAUCUCCCACAUCAAGACCUCACGAAGCCUCCACAUCAUGUGCCACAUCCCAGUCUUCUGCUGGAUCUCUGCUUCAGUUCUGGAGGAGGUGUUGAAAACCAGAGAGGGGGGAGAGCUGCCCAAGACCCUGACUGAGAUGUACAUCCACUUCCUGGUGGUUCAGUCCAAAGUCAAGAACAUCAAGUAUGAUGGAGGAGCUGAGACAGAUCCACACUGGAGUCCAAAGAGCAGGAAGAUGAUGGAGGCUCUGGGGAAACUGGCUUUUGAGCAGCUGCAGAAAGGCAACCUGAUCUUCUAUGAGUCCGACCUGACAGAGUGUGGCAUCGAUAUCAGAGCAGCCUCAGUGUACUCAGGAGUGUUCACACAGGUCUUUAGAGAGGAGAGAGGACUGUACCAGGACAAGAUGUUCUGCUUCGUCCAUCUGAGCGUUCAGGAGUUUCUGGCUGCUCUUCAUGUCCAUCUGACCUUCAUCAACUCUGGAGUCAACCUGCUGGCAGAAGAACCAACAACCUCCCAGCAGUAUGAGGUCAAACCUGAACUAACACAUCUCUACCAGAGUGCUGUGGACCAGGCCUUACAGAGUCCAAACGGACACCUGGACUUGUUCCUCCGCUUCCUCCUGGGUCUUUCACUGCAGGCCAAUCAGGAACUCCUACGAGGCCUGCUCACACAGUCAGGAAGUGAAUCUCAGACUGAAGAGAAAACAGUCCAGUACAUCAAGAAGAAGAUUGAUGAAGAUCUGUCUGCAGAGAGAAGCAUCAACCUGUUCCACUGUCUGAAUGAACUGAAUGAUCGUUCUCUGGUGGAGCAGAUCCAACGGUACCUGAGUUCAGAAAGUUUCACCACAGAGGAACUGUCUCCUGCUCAGUGGUCAGCUCUGGUCUUCAUCUUACUGUCAUCAGAAGAAGAUCUGGACGUGUUUGACCUGAAGAAAUACUCUGCCUCAGAGGAGGUUCUUCUGAGGCUGCUGCCAGUGGUCAAAGCCUCCAACAAAGCUCUACUGAGUGGCUGUGACCUGUCAGAGAGAAGCUGUGCAGCUCUGUCCUCAGUCCUCAGCUCCCAGUCCUCUAGUCUGAGAGAGCUGGACCUGAGUAACAACGACCUGCAGGAUUCAGGAGUGAAGCUGCUGUCUGCUGGACUGGAGAGUCCACACUGUGAACUGGAGACCCUCAGUCUGUCAGGCUGUCUGGUCACAGAGGAAGGCUGUGUUUCUCUGGCUUCAGCUCUGAGCUCCAACCCCUCCUCCCAUCUGAGAGAGCUGGACCUGAGCUACAAUCAUCCAGGAGACUCAGGGGAGAAGCUGCUGUCUCCUGGACGUGAAGAUCCACUCUGGAGACUGGAGACACUCAGGAUGGACCAUGGUGGACUGCAGUGGUUGAAACCUGGUGUGAGGAAGUAUGCCUGUGAACUGGAGCUGGACUCAAACACAGCUCACAGAGGACUCAAACUGUCUGAAGACAACAGGACGGUGACACGUGUGAGAGGGGAGCAGCCAUAUCCUGAUCAUCCAGAGAGGUUUGAGUACUGGCUUCAGCUGAUGUGUAGAGAAGCUCUGACUGGUCGCUGCUACUGGGAGGUCGAGUGGAGAGGAAGGGUUUAUAUAUCAGUGACUUCCAGAGCAAUCAGCAGGAGAGGAGAGAGUGGGGGCUGUGGGUUUGGAAGGAAUGAUCAGUCCUGGAGUCUGAACUGCUGGAGUCGUCCUGACUAUGUCCAUCACAAUAACAUAGUAACAUACAUCCCCUCCUCCUCCUCCUACUCUUCCUCCUCCUCCUCCCGCCCCUCCUCCUCCUCCUCCUACUCCUCCUCCUCCUCCUCCUCCUCCUCCUCCUCCUCCUCCUCCUCCUCCUCCUCUGGUAGAGUAGCAGUGUAUCUGGAUCAUCCUGCUGGCUCUCUCUCCUUCUACAGAGUCUCCUCUGACAAACUGAUCCACCUCCACACCUUCAGAACCACAUUCACAGAACCUCUCUAUGCUGGGUUUGGGUUCUUGCCUGAUAGUGCCUCUUCUGGCUACUCAGUGUCUCUGGUUCCUCUGCAGGUCUGAGAGUCUCUCCUCAGCGUCUCUGGUUCCUCUGCAGGUCUGAGAGUCUCUGGUUCCUCUGCAGGUCUGAGAGUCUCUCCUCAGUGUCUCCGGUUCCUCUGCAGGUCUGAGAGUCUCUGGUUCCUCUGCAGGUCUGAGAGUCUCUCCUCAGUGUCUCUGGUUCCUCUGCAGGUCUGAGAGUCUCUCCUCAGUGUCUCCGGUUCCUCUGCAGGUCUGAGAGUCUCUCCUGACGACAGAAACAGACUGCAGAUCAGCUGCUGGAAUCAGUUCAGUGUGUUCACCGUCACACACACACCUGUCUCACACACACACCUGUCUCACACACACACCUGUCUCACACACACACCUGUCUCACACACACAUCUGUCUCACACACACUCUUUGGGAAGCAGAUCUGUCUCACACUUGUAUCCCUCUGAUUAACUUGGUCUCUACUCUUAAAGACACAUGUAACAUUUCUGUUUGGAUUCACAAAAUGGCGUCUUGUGUUUAUAAUGGUAAACAUCUGAAACCAAUUGCCUUCUUUUCUUCUUCUGGUAAUAUCUGGAAUCAUACUGUAAUGUUCUAAAUGUCAAACUGUGAUCUUUCUCUUCCAAUGUUUCUAAAUAUUGUUGAAUAAAAGACUCUCUCUUGAU